GAUGUGAUUCAAUUUCGUUUAGAAAAAGUGUAUUUAAGUUGGGUUAAAGGCAGUUUUAUGCAAAUAAUUCAAUGGUGAUGAAGUUUUUAUGUAUUGACUUAACUUUUAAAUACAAAUUACGCCUGUCUCAGUCGCGACCACCGGAGCUUGGAUAACUUUCUUUGUGUACGCUAAUCGGAUCACAAGGGUGAUCAGGGAGAGCGAAAUGUAGGUCAAUCGACAAAAUUCCAGCGGCUAUAUUUAGAUCUACUGGAGUGAUCACGUGUUUAGCCAGGGGUGUCAAAAUGGUGGACCGUACGAUAAAAAUUCAAUUGUUUGGGCAUUCUUUUGUGAAACGUUUAAAGGAUUUUGUUAUGAAUCAGGAAAAUUUUCUUUCAAAUUUGAAAUUACGUGGGAAUCCUUUAGUGCAGUAUUCCGGUUUCGGAGGGGGACACGUACAUACAUUGAAACAAAAUUUGGAUGUGGUUCGAGAUUUCAAGCCAGAUUUGGUCGUUCUCAUCAUCGGCACAAAUGGUCUUUCAUCAGUAGACAAGUCCCCAAAUUCGGUUAGUGCUGCAAUUAUGGAUUUAGUGGGCACUCUGUUGUUUAUUGAGCAGGUACGGUCAGUCAUCGUUUUCCCCAUAUUAUUCAGAAAGGUGAACAGUCAACAUAAUCGUCAUGCGGUGGACAUUCCUCGGUUCAGUGAUAGAGUUUACGAAACAAAUGCUCUUCUUGAAUCAAAGAGCAGGGAUUAUACCCACCAGCGAGUGCGUUACUGGGUACCCAAAGGUUUCUGAUCGGACGAGGCUUUAGCAGAGGUUCUAAGUAGCGACGGGGUCCAUCUUUCGUACAGAGGUCAACAAAAGUUGUACAACAACAUCCGAGCUGGGGUGGUUGCGAAGUUGAAGGCUAGCUAGCUAUGCUGUUAAGAUAUGUAUAUUUUCAUGGCACCUAUAUUUAUUUCUGUACAAUUUACAGUAGAGAUUACACAUUUAAUGGUACCUACACAUAGUGACAUACAUAACAUGAAUUAUUAUUUUUUUCACAGAUAAUACCAAUUUCUGUUUAACUUUCAUGGUUAUCUAUAUGGAUAUAUUUAGUGUGCACAGCUUGAGAGUAUUUACUAUUCGGCAGUUACCGUUUAUGGUGUUGGCGGUUGAUUAUUUUGCCUUAUUUAAGUUAUUAUACUUAUAAACCCAUGAGUAUAAAUAAACCCAUGAGUAUAAGUGCUUGAGAGUGUAGUUACACUAUUCGGCAUGCAUAUACUGGGCGCUGUUUGGCGGUUUCUGGUCGCCCAGAUAUAGAAAACUAUCACUGAUGUUUAAUCUCUUUUACUUUUAUGGUAUUUUAAUAAUAAAUACCCUUUAUUCAAUUCAAUAUCUGUUGUUGAGUUUUCUAUACAAAGUGGAACUUCAGUAACCUUUGGGGAAUCAAUAGGACAUAAAUAUGUUUUAUAUAUGUAUAAAAUGUUUUGUGUACUUGUUUCUUAUUCUGUUCUGCAUAUAUGUUUUAACCAUGACUCAUGGAUCAACGAAGGGGUUUAUGUUAAUCGUAUCGUAUUCCUUUAUGUCACAUGGUUAUAUGAACCAAUCGCUAGCUGAGUAGUCAGUCUUUAUUUAGUUGCGGAAACUGUUGGAUGUGAUUCAAUUUCGUUUAGACCUCCACCUCCCCAACCACCUCUUUUUAUAAUUUUCUUGAACAUUUGGACUCGUGAAGACAAUCAGUCCAAAUUUUUUUUAAAGAUUCUCCUUGGUUCUUCAUCUUAAAAACGUUAUAAUGUUUCAUUUUCUAAUUUGCUUAUUUGCUUGAAAUUUGAAGCCUUUUACACUUGUUAAAUCUGGUUUUAUGACAGUUUUCAUUAUACUGUGUUUUACAUACGGGUCGGCGGUUUCUGGUCGCCCGAAUAUAGAAAACUAUCACUGAUGAUUAAUCUCUUUUACUUUUAUGGUAUUUUAUUAAUAAAUACCCUUUAUUCAAUUCAAUAUCUGUUGUUGAGUUUUCUAUACAGAGUGAUACUUCAGUAAACUUUGGGGAAACAGUAAGACAUAAAACGUUAACUGAGUUGGGGUAAAUCAAUACUAUCGCCGACACCAUUUUCAUUUCAUAACGUUUAAACUGUAUACAGUGGGUUUUUAUUUCCGUCUUCAACCAUUUUUAGAAACAAUUCAUUCAUACUUAUACCCCAGUCACACAUACGGCGCGGAUAGCUACGUCUAGCUACGGACAGAAACGUAGUAAUCCGUAUCGGUCUGUACCUGAGCCGUACCUCAGCGUAGUCAUUCGUAUUAAUCCGUACCAAAACGUGGUCAAAACGUAUUCAAAACUUAUUCCAAACUUGCAAGUUUCUCCAACUUUUGAACAUGCACAAAAGUUUGAGCGAACCGUAGCCAUUUGAGCGUGACUUUAGUCCAACUUGGCUGAAACUUAUUCAUCCGUAGUUAAACGUACUUAAACGUAGUUAUCCGUACUGUUACGUACCUCUCCGUAGCCGAACGUAGUUAUCCGAGGCUGCUCGUACUUAAGCAUAGUUCAACGUAGUUUACCGCAGACCCGUCCGUGCGCUGGGCAAGUUGCAAGGCGCAGUAAAACGUAAUUCAACGUAGUACCUCGUACCUAUCCGUACUUAUUCGCGUCCUGUAUUGUUUUCUUUGUUUCCUGUUUCUCACCAUUUUCCCCGUACUAAGACGUACUGCUCCGUAGUUAUACACCCACAGACUAAUCCUUUCGCACCGUACCUCAACGCACGGACAUAUCCGUAUGUGUGACUGUAGCUUAAGUCUGGUCGCUGUAAACAAGUUUGAACCAGUAAUUGAUAAUCCUGCAUUUUCUGAUAUUAAUUAAUAGGGCCAUCCAACUUAUUUUUAUAUACCAUGAUUAUUUUUAGCUCACCUGUCACAAAGUGACAAGGUGAGCUUUUGUGAUCGCGCAGCGUCCGUCGUCCGUCGUCCGUGCGUGCGUGCGUCCGUGCGUCCGUCCGUGCGUAAACUUUUGCUUGUGACCACUCUAGAGGUCACAUUUUUCAUGGGGUCUUUAUGAAAAUUGGUCUGAAUGUUCAUCUUGAUGAUAUCUAGGUCAAGUUCGAAACUGGGUCACAUGUGGUUAAAAACUAGGUCAGUAGACCUGAAAAAAGAAAAACAUUGAGAUCUCUCUAGAGGCCACAUUUUUCACAAGAUCUUCAUGAAAAUUGGUCAGAAUGUUCAACUUGAUGAUAUCUAGGUCAAGUUUGAAACUGGGUCACGUGCCUUCAAAAGCUAUGUCAGUAAGUCAAAUAAUAGAAAAACCUUGUGACCUCUCUAGAGACCAUAUUUUUCAUGGGAUCUGUAUGGAAGUUGGUCUGAAUGUUCAUCUUGAUGAUAUCUAGGUCAAGUUCGAAACAGGGUCACGUGCGGUCAAAAACUAGGUCAGUAGGUCUAAAAAUAGAAAAACCUUGUGUAUGGAUCUUCUUAAAAAUUGGUCAGAAUGUUCACCUUGAUGAUAUCUAGGUCAAGUUUGAAAGUGGGUCACUAGGUCAGUAGGUCAAAUAAUGAAAAAAACCUUGUGACCUCCCUAGAGGCCAUAUUUUUCAUGGGAUCUGUAUGAAAGUUGGUCUGAAUGUUCAUCUUAAUGAUAUCUAGGUCAAAUACGAAACUGGGUCAUGUGCCAUCAAUAACUAGAUCAGUAGGUCAAAUAAUAUAAAACCUUGUGACCUCUCUAGAGGCCAUAUUUUUCAAUGGAUCUUCAUGAAAAUUGGUCAGAAUUUUUAUCUUGAUGAUAUCUAGGUCAGGUUCAAAACUGGGUCACAUGAGCUCAAAAACUAGGUCACUAUGUCAAAUAAUAGAAAAAGCCAUGUCAUACUCAGUUCAAAACUGGGUCAUGUGGGGACAGGGGAGCGAUUCAGGACCAUCAUGGUCCUCUUGUUUAUUGUCAGAAAGGGGCUAACGCAUAUAUUUUAGACGAAAAUAAUUUCUCUCAUUCUCUCAAAAAAUCAUAAAAAGCGUGUACUCUGAAAGUGACAUGUGACUUAAGAUUUUUGCAAGAUAUUCUAAUAAAUAAACAAAAGCAUUGAGCAAAAAGUAAGUAAACCGUUGCAACGCUUUUGAAAUAAUGCAGAUAAUUUACAUUCUUCUUGCAUAUUUACUAAUAUCUAACAUUUAUUUUCACAUCAUCUUACAUUUUGCGGCAUCAAAUAAAUAUUCUAUGCCAAAUUCGUGGAAAUGAAAUGUUGAAAAAUUUCACCAAACUGAGGGCAAGUAGCUUUAUUCGUGUUUACAUUCUCACCACGUUGUGAAGCCCAUGCAUACUUCAGAUUUGUAAUAGAUGAUGGAUGCGACAUAUGCAUCGAACAUUUCUCGGCAUAUCGAUGUCUGUUAAAAGUAUUAAUAGGGAGUUCAUUGAUUUUUUACCUUGCUAGACAACAUGUAAAUGCUGCGCGUUACUGAUUAAAACGAAUCUUAAAUAAUCAAUUGAGUCCACAUUUUCUAUGUCUGUACUAUCAUAUGUCCACUUUUCAACAUCACUUUGUCGACAUUUCCCCAUAGGUAAAAUAGAAAAUCAAUUAAACCGCUUGGUGGAGUUCCCGAUUUCAUAACACUUGGUCAGUUGCAUUCUUGUUGUACUUCUCUGAAACUGGUGGUUUUGCUCGAUUGCACUUUGGGGCCUAUAAAUAAAUUAUUCUCAUCAACGGUUCGAUAGAUUUUCACUGACAUUGGUUAAUCUUCGAGAUCUGUGCCAAUUGUUCUGCGUGACUAUCUCUUCCUUACAAGGUCCUAUCUAUCAUAUUUCGUGAUAAUGCUUUGUAACCUUGUAAUAUCUGUUUGGUCUCCGUGGCAUAUCGGUUAAUGAUGCUGAGUUUGAUUUAUUUGCCCCUCACCACUUUUGGAUUAAAACAUCGCUUGGGGUAUACAAUUCUUUCAUACGAGAAAGUCAUUCAGCUGUUGGAUUAUAGGGUAGGUAUAAGAGGUUGGUAAAUCAAGAUAGUGUUUAAAGCCUUACUUCCCUUUGCCAAGAGUCCUGAUCGUUCUAUGACAGUUGUAAUAAUCUGCUUACUGAAUAUACUGUUUCGACUUUGUUAUAAGUAUUGAAUUAUUUGUUACUGGUGUUACUAUACUUCUACUCUUAUAUUGUUUUGUUAUUGCCACCUUUAUACUAAUUCUGUUAUAACAUUGUAUCAGGUUAAUUGGUAUUGAACAAAAGCCGCAAAUUAUAUCUGUCUUUCCAUUGCAGGGUCAAUCUGUGGGUGACUCGGUCUACGCUGUGUUUCGUUCUGGAUAUGUUUUAGGUACGCAAUGCUUCCCUGGGCUCUACCUCAACAUUAUUUUGGAAUGCAAUAAACAUUAUCCGGUAGCUUAAUCACUGAACAUACUGCUUCUGCUACAGAUAAUCUAAUAAUAUGUUAACAACCGAUAAUGUAUCUGGUGUUAAGGCAUAUUUAUCAGAAUUUUAUUUUGAGUACAUUGUCGACGCUUUUAUGUUAUGUAAAUAAACGCACAAAAUAUGAUUCAGUAUAUCCUCAAAUCACAGAAAGAGUUGUAUUUUAAAUGAAAAUUGAACAUUAAAUAAAACAUGUUUAUUGUGCACUAAAGAAUUGCUACUGUACACGUACUAACAUAUGCAUUAGAACCGUUGGAAGAGGGGGUCAAACAUCCGGGCUUUUAUAUUAUACGAGCAAAGUUUAUUUUAUAUUUGCAAUAACGUCCGAGUCUAGAAUUUAAAAAUGUAAGUUUUUCCCGUUGAUUUGCUCAUUCUUUUUCUGUGAGCUCAUCAUAUGCAAUUUCUCUAAGCGAAACAACGACUGAAAAGGAAUACACAUACCGACUUUGAUGAAACUGACAUAAUUCAUGAAUUCGUUAAACAAACAACAUCUUAAGCAACAAUAUGUGCCCACUACCUGUUUUACAGUACUAUUCCAUACAUUGUCAACAGUAGACUUAAAUAUAUUGUCAAAAAGUUGUCCCCUUAAAAAAGAAUGCCAUUUUUCAGGACUCAAAAUUGAUAUGAAAACGUUGUGAAACCUAACUAUACGAAACUGCAUCAAAACGAAAAUAUUUUUUAUUUAUUGUACAUUAUUGUCAUAUUUCUUUAAAAAUGGCAUGUUAAAGGCGUUGGACUGCGUAGAAUAUUGGUAAAUUUACAAUUGUUUUGUAAAAUAAUGUUCAGUUUUCAUACAAACAACUCGUUCUUUCUGUGAUUUAGUAAUGUUAAAAUUUCAAAAUUUCAAAUACUCAGUUAAAAAAUAACACUAAUCUCAUUGAAUACGCAUUUUUCGAUAACGCCGACUGUGUGGUUUGAGAUAUACUCGAUGUAGACCUCAAAUGAAAACUUGAAUAUAUUUAUUAUAGAUUUUUACUGUUGAUGAUUCAUAUUGAAUUUAGGUCUCAUCAGCAGUCGUUAUAGGUUGAAAGGAAAAUAUGUAAUCAGUGCUAAGCGACAUUUGCCUUGCUUUACCUGCAAUGACUUGUUCGCUACGGCGCUCAAUCUAGCGUUUGAUUAAAUUUAUUCGUGUAUUUUGCUUGACACAAUCAUGGGGAAUUGUCAGUCUCUUCAAGACAGUGUUGAUAUAAAAUGGAGAUUUGUUGGACGGGAUAAAGACCUGGAAUCAUGUAUGGACUUGCUUUUCAAGAAGAAGAAGAAAUCAGUCCUUGUUUUUGGAAUGAAGAAAAUUGGAAAGUCGAGAUUUAUUGAAGAACUGUACAAACUGUGUAAAAGUAAAAAGUGUAUUUGGAAGGAUUUUGAAUUAGACAAUAUAGACUCGGGUCAUACGCUAUAUUCUUGGUUUAUUGAUUUUCUGACUUGCAUAAAUGCGCGUAAAGAAAAAGAGCGUUUUGAAAACACGUAUCCAUCAGAAACAAUCGCAUGUAACUCUUGCAUAAAUUGUAAACAACCUAAUAGAGACAAGUGUAUUGUCCGGAAUGAUCUGAUAAACAAGGCAACCAAUGCCUUAAUAGAUGCUUUAGGGAAAUAUGAAAGUGAAAUUGUACUUUUCCUAGAUAAUAUUGACAAGAUUAUGGACUGUCCAGAAUUGAGAGAUUGUUUUCUAGAUUUUUACGACAAAUCAGUAGAACUCGCUAUGUUGCAAACAGUCCUCACGUCAGCCAACAAACCAAAACUAACAGCAAGAGGUUAUGCAUCUUUUGAACUCAACCCAUUAGAUAAUACAGCAAUUCUAGAAUUGCUCUUUGAAAUGACUGAAGAAAGAGAAAACAAUUCAGAGGAGGAAAAAGAACAUGAUGGAACUGUGAAAUACUCCCUAGACUUUCAGGUAUUCACACCAGGGAACGAACCAUAUAUUAAGGCAAUUGUUGGUUUAUGUGACGGACUCCCUUUAGCUGCAGCAAUGGCAGGUUUGCUGUUGACCGAAGACGAUGGCUUACUGACACCUGCAGACCUUGUAGAAAUUCUCAUACAUAUGAGACGACAGGCUCUUAGUCCAGAAAACUGUUCGCCAGAUGAACGAUUAGAUAUCUAUACAGAACAAAUGAAAAAGAUAGUGAACGAUGUUGCAUUGUUUUUCCAUUGCUUAAAUGAAAAGAUGACCGGUAGCCACUUCAGUAUUGACGAGGCUGUGGAAGUUGCAAGUGCUGCUGGAGAUAAUGCUGCAACAGGGGCUAUGGUAAAACACAAGAGAUUGAAGCCCGGUUUGGAUAGAUCUAUCCUGUCCAUGCAAAAACUGCAAGGGAAGCAAAAGUUGAAAUGGCACGGAAUAUUACGAGAGUGUCAUGCUGCAUUAAAAGCCACUGACGGUGUUGACUCCGCGAAAGAUAUGAUUUUGAAGUUCAUGAAGGAGAAUGCUAAGAACGCUGGUCUAGAUUUAGAUGAAGAAACACUCUGCGACCCAACAUUUCUUGCGUUGGCUAUCAGACGUCUCGCUAACCAGGUGGAACCCUCAUCACCAGUGCAAGCCAUAGAAGACUGUGAGAAGGAAAGAAUGUCUCUUCUGAAAGAACAUGAAGUGGCUAGCAAGAUGGUUGCCACGACAAAGUUUGACGCGGAACAAUCAUCUGUUUUGAAAGUCCACGAAGAGGUUGAACCGCACAAAGAUGUGGAAAACAGUCUGCCUAGCGACCCCGGAAAAGCCAAGAAACUGGCAACUCGGUACUCCGUUUCUGAAGGUAGUGAUAGCAGUGAUUCCGAUAGUGUGAGUUUACAAUUUACAAAUAUUUAUCUUAGACAAACUGAAGAAUCGAUGAUUAAUGAGGAUAAGGAAACUUCCGAAAUUUGAAGUGAACUUACCACAGGUGAUAAUUACUCGAUCUGUCCACCUUGUUAUCAUUCCGAGAACAAUGUAUCUAAGCAGCCAGUGGCUAAACCUAGGAGAGAAAUAGACACAUCAGUUGGUGACUCUUUGAAAGGCCAUCCGGCAAUGUAUUAUAUUCCAUCAAGCCCGGAAAUUGUAAUGCUACAGCCGGAUAAGACUGAUGCCUUUCGUAGUCCUCAUGAACAUGUACAUACAGACACGAGAAUGCAAGCCCCAAGUCUGCAGAUAGCUGAACUGAAGGAUCCAAUUUCUGACAUGCCUGUUGACAUUGCAUUUGUUCGAUCAGAGUUUUCUACGCAGGGACCAGAGGACAUUUCUUAUAAGAGGUUGCCUAGUAACGAUCUACAUGCCAGGCAGGAAAAUUUCAACCAUGUCUCAUAUACUUCAUCAGUCAAAACGGAUUAUAUGUAUAACCAAGUUGCACAGACUGGAGAGAUGCCAAAACAUCAAGGCCAAUCAUUUGGAAGUAGGUUAUCAAUUAACCACAAUGUACAUGAAUCAAACCCAAAAAGACGGUCUCCUACGGCUGUAAUCCGCCCAAUGCCUAAACGCCGAUCUCCUCCCAACGUCGACAAACAGUUGCCGAACGAACGAAACGCGGGGCUGUCUGAACCAUCCGAUAUGAUUUAGACAUAUAUGUUUGUGAAAGGAAAAUGUUUACUUAAAGGAAGACGCUGCCAAUAGUAAACUUUAUAUUUAUGUAGAUAAAAAGGUUUCAAGAGAAGACGUUGUUAUUCUUUCAAAUUUGAAAAACACUCAUAAGUCUUCCUUUUAUCUUGCUAAAGGAGAAAAUGAACAGCUUAUAUUCAUGUAUUCACAAUAUCGGAACAUUUAGAUAGAUGUAGAUGGAUAUUUAUACAAAAAAGUGGCAGCUACUGCUAAAUUUAUUCCCUAUUGUAAUUAAUUUUGUGUUGUUUAUAUAUAUAUAUAUAUAUAUAUAUAUAUAUAUAUAUAUAUAUAUAUAUAUAUAUAUAUAUAUAUAUAUAUUUGUUUGUAAAUGCGUGUUUACACGACGUAGUGGUUAUACGCUGUAGUCCUAGUUAAUUAUUUUACGGAAUGUAUUACCCAUUCGGAGUGUUAAAAUAUAUAAAAUCAAAUUCUGAUAUAUUGCAUUUCGAUUUUUAAACCCUUUUAUGUAAACAAGUGGAUGAAAUAGAGGGUCUUUUUAAUUGCGUAUGUAUGAUACUAAAUAUAGCGGGUCAACGCAUGGCAAGGUAACAACGUUUUAAGGAUAUUAAAACUUCAGAGAUGACACGUCCUGUGAAAUAUUUUAGGAAUGCGCAGACGUUUCUGUGUGCCCUAUUAUCGAUUAAGACUGUGUCUAUUGCGUGUAACAUCAUCUGAUAUCUGGCGCAAAAUGAUACAUCGACGUGGCGUCAGUACAGUUGUGUUUCAGUGACAGUGUACAUUACCAUUUACCAUUUACACCCAUUUACCUUUAAUGAUAACUUGCCAUGAGUUAUUUAUAAGAAAGUUAUACCUUAAGUAUGACAUUUUUUUACUGAUAUAUGUAUUUAUUUUUCAAGUUAGAAUGUUGAGUUAAUUCGCAUUAAGUAUUACCAAAGAUUUAGAGUCAUUUGCUUCAGUGUGUGUUCGAAAUUACUUUAACCGAGAAGAGACCUGUGUCAGUAUUCAUAAAGCUUCUUAGGAGAAAACUUAGGGAAAUCCGUAACUCUGUAAAAUUUCCUGAACAACAUAGCACAAACUGUAGACUUUAUAAGAUUUUUUGAUAACUAUGCCAGGCUGUAUGUGACAAUAUUGUUAGACAUUUCAACUAUCUCAACGAUUGUCCACAAAAUGCUUUGGAACUUUUCCCUUUGUUAGUCCCUUAGGGAAAAUUUUCCCUUAGGAGCUUUAUAAUACCAGCCCAGAUGCAAUAUUUUGAUGAGUGGCGAAGCCACCAUGAGUGAAAGAUAUUUCAUCUUUACAUGUAAAGUAAAUAAUUCUAUUUAAAUGGACCCACCAGGUUUAAACUGUUUUAUAUUUAUUUGAUAGUUUUCAUCCAGUCUCAUUCUGAUUUUUAUUAAAAAAAUAUCUAGUAAAAUUCAUUAAUACAAACUUUGUAAUAUUAGUAUAUAGUGAUGUUGAAAACUCAUCUACAUAAUGUUUUAUACAUGUUUGACGACGCGAGAGUAUUAAAAAGCCAUUAUGUAAUCUGGUAUUACAUUAGUAUAAUAAUACUUGACGUUUACGUCGUUUUAAGUAUAGGGGAUGUUGAUCGAAUCGCUUUUAUCUGUAAUAUAUAUUUUAAAGACAUGUUUAAGCCUGUACAACAAAGCUUUCUGUCUGCUUUUGCACAUAUGAACUGACUUUGUGAAGGGGUUUUAGGCACAAACAAAGAUAAGCAUCAAUCAUACAGGUUCUAAUAUUUAAAGUCUUGUAUGCAAAUAAUUGAUUAUGGUAUAUUUUUAUGUGCUGAUUCAUGUGUUGUUAUUUCGUUGUUAAUCAGAUGUCGGUUAGUAUAUGUAUUGGUUGUAUAUAUAACACCGACUUUAAAAAAAAUUAUAUUGUGUUGUUGAAUAUGUAAAGAAAGAAGAAAUUUUGAUGUUUAGCCAGGAAAAGUUAACAUGGAAUGAAAAGAAUAUUACAUUUUUGAUUUUCCACAAUGAAUUUUUCGAACUUGUUGCGAAAAUUGAAUGCUCGACAGAGCUCAACAAUGCACACAAACUAUGCCAUUAGGCCCAAGGUCAAGGUCACACUUUGAGGUCAGUCGUCAAAUAAUUUCAUGGCCGCUCCACUUUGAAGAUUUUCAUAUAAAUAGAAUAAAUUACUUAUAUUAUUAAGACGACGUUCAGUUACUUAUCCAUGGUUAAGCCCACACUUUCUGUGUUGGUGCGACGUAAAACCCAAAUAAAUAAAUAAGUCCACACUUUCUGUGUUGGUGCAACGUAAAACCCAAAUAAAUAAGUAAAUAAAUAAGUCCACACUUUCUGUGUUGGUGCAAUGUAAAACCCAAAUAAAUAAAUAAGUCCACACUUUCAGGUCAAGGGUAUGAUAGCUUAAACUCAUGUCAGAUCCAUAUCUUCUAAACCUUUUUUGAAAAUUUUCAUAAAACUAUAAACUUCUAAGCCGCCAAGAUAAACUUCAUAAAAUAAAUAUCGAUUAAACUCAUACAGAGGACAUACAUGUAUAGAGUGCACAAGGUAGUUCACUUGGUCAAAAGUCAAGGUCAAACAUAGAGGUCAAAGAUUAGCUCAAAUUUGUUUCCACUUUGUUUCUUUUUAACCGCUACAAGGAUUUUCAUAAAACUAGCAAGAAGUGUUAACCACAUAAAAUGCAGACCCCUUCAAUGCCGAAGCUUACAGGUAAAUUUUCAUAGAUGAUGAAAUGUUAUGCUAACAAGCUUGAUAUAUUAAAGGCUAGUAUCAGCCUUAAAUGUACCUAAAUUUUCAAGGGCUAUUCAAUGUUAUUAAAAUUAUAUUUGUCUAAAGUGUUCAUUACAUAACCAAAUCAAUAUUUUCUUUCAUUGUUCAGAAAUGACACUACGUAUAUGAUAUUAAUCCGCGGUAAUUUUGAAAAAGAUCUAUUUUAAUUGUAAAUCUGUUUGAACUCUUCGGCCUUUUUGUCACGUCAUGACGUUGUGAGUGAUGCUAUAUUGAAAUUUUAUAUAUAUUUUUAAUCUGUAGUCUUCUACUGUUAAAUGACAAAUUUUAUUAUUAUUGUGUUCAUUAGUAACUAUAUAAAUUGUAAAAUAUUGUACCAGGUUUUCAGGUGCUGAAGUCAAGCAAUAGAAUGUCAGUUAGGUUGCUGUCACUUGAAGCCUACAUUUAUUAGAGUGUGACCUGAAAUAUAGAAAUUUUGUCACCUAAUUGCGUGUGUAUGUAGUGUAUAGAGGCAAUAAAAUGAUGUCACCGUAUAAAUGAUGACAUAGUUCUUCAAUUUGCCAGCGAGUUCCAUAAAAUACAUAGGAUUACACAAGGUUAAAAUCAUAAGUUCGUUUUUGCAGAACUCUUUGUUUAUUUGAAUUUUUUAAUUUUUGUUUUAUGCAAAUUACUUUUUUGUUUGUUUUAGAUGUAGUUUCACAAUGGAUUUAACUUAAAUAUAUUUUGGCAAUAAUUCUCAAAUAAAAGACAUUGACAAUUUUUCUUGCCAUAUUUGUAACACCGGUGCUAUGUUUUAAUGUUCCUUUUGUGUUGUUGAAAAACUUUAUAUUUUUGAGCUUUGCUCGUAUGGCAUUUUACGUAGCAUAAUACUGUAUAGAUUUUGUAUAAAGGUGCUUUUACAUGCGGUUCUUUAAUUCAUCAUCAAACAUGUUUGUUAUAUUUUAUUGUACUAAACGAUAAAAGAUGAGGUACAAUAUAUUUGAUUUCGUAUAUAUAUUUUGAUAUAUGAGAUAUUAUGUAUAUGUUUCUUUGCUUGGAAUUGACAAUACUAGUAGUGUAUGUUAUAGCAAAAUAAACUAUGUUGAGUUUAUAGCUGGGCAUAAUCAAUAACAUGACAUGAGUAAGAUUUUGUCUUACAGUCAUCUUAGAAUUCAGUACAUGACAAGGUUAAAAUACGGGAAGUAUUUCGAAACAAAUAACACUUUGACUUAUAAUGUGUUUGUGAACACUUUGUGGUAAUUCAUUUCAGGGUUAUAUUAAGCAACGAUUUAUGUUGUUUAUGUAAGAUCUCAAGCAUACAAAUAAACUUAGACAUACUGAUUCCAAGUACUUGUUUUUGUAACGUAAGUUGAUAAGAUAAACUGUAGUGUUAAGUGUAUAUGGAACCGAGACAAGUUGUACAUAUUUCACACAGUGACAUAAAAUGACAAUCACGUGUUAUUUUUACAUUUUUGAUAUUACUGUUAUAUCUGACUUUCAUGAUCCACCAUUAUUAUUUAUCAAGAAUAUUCAUAGACCAUAGUGAUGUUUUAUAAGCAUUUGCUGGUGUAAAUGGGAAAUGGGGCCAAAACAAGACAUUCCUACUCUACAGAGAAAUCCCAAAUGACAGAUAUUAAAUUGAUGUUUAAAAUGAAUAUCUAAAUUGUUUUUCAGAGUAACUCAUAAUUACACUACUAAUCAAAUCCUUGAAAUGGCUGAUAGUUGCGGGUUUUUGGUAGAUUCAUUUUCUGUUUUAAUGCCAGUGUAUGAAUAUACAUGAACUAGAAACAAAUACAAAUUUAAUGUGCCUCAUAUCUAAGAUGAACUCUGCCUGGCCCAGCUUGUGAUGUAACCAUGGGCUGGAAUACCUUAUCACUGAUAGAUCUUAUAUAAUCUAAAUGGUCAGUGUGAGUGAAUACUGGUUGAAUAAGAACUGCUUGUUCAUUGAUAAUUCAUCCGCAUUGUUCAUGAAUGGGACUAUUUUGUGUCGCACAUGUAAUCCUUUGGAUGUGAUUCGGAAUAAAAUAAAGAUGACAUGAUUGUCAGAAAUACACUUUAAGUUUGGUAGCGGGAUAAACCCGCAACCAAAAACUAAAACUUUUGACAAAAAAAGAAGAAAAAAUCAACAACAAUAACAAAAAAUCCUGAAUGUUCUUAAUGUAGGACCCAAGUAAAACAGGCAAUCAAACGUGAAUGGUUUUCAUUUAGAACCCAAGUAAUGACUUCUGAUCCCAAGUAAAACACUUGGCAAACGUGAAGUUUAAAUUUUGAAUUCAAGAAAAAAAAGACAUUUUUGAAUAGCACAACACCUUUAAAGACUCCACAUGCUAAAAGAACUAAUGCAUAUGUCCAUUUUGGUGCAUUUUUGAUGAUGUCCAAGUUGUGAAGGUUUAAUACAUUGUUUUCAGCCAUUUUGAAAUUUUUUAAAUAUAAUUAUUGAUAAAUGGUAUUUCUAAAGGAGGGGACGGGGCAAUUUUUUGAGAAUAAUUCAAGCAUUUAGUGGAAAUUAAAGGUAUGGUAAAACAUGCAUUUGACAGGUAAAUUUUUCAUUUAAUGUUUACCAACUAUUGUUAAAAAUUUAUUUAAAUCAUGUCGAUUUCAGUCUGACAAAAAUAGUAGGAAAAAUAAUUGAAUCAAUGAAAUAAUUACUUGUUUAUCAGCUGCAGGGCUCGGGAAAUAUUGCAGAUACAUAAAAAUGUGUUAAAGCUUUAGAACUAUAUUAUUGUAUUGAAAACAUUGAACUAUUCGCAUGGGUGAUGCUUUUUGAGAUACCUUUUCUGGAUUCUAAGACAUAUUUCAAUUAAAUAAAAAUAUUUUAUAAGCAUGUUUCAUUUGAUGUUCAAUUGUAUCAUUUUGUUUGGUUUGAGGGCCCCCGUGGCCGAGCAGUUAAGGUCACUUGCCCCUCAUCGAUGUGGCUUCAAGAAAAGGUUACAAGGUGUUUAAAGUGCUAGUAGCAGUGCAGGUGCCACGAGGUCCAAAACCACUGAAUUUAAGUAUUUUGUCUAUGUGUUGCAUUGUUUUUUUUUUACCUUGUAUACAUGCAUAUUGAAUAAAAUGUCUUUAUGUG